UCAAUAUCAAAAUGAGCAUCAAAUUCAUUCGCUUGCUACACUCGAGCAAGAAAGUAAGAUGAGACUUACUCUGAUAAUAUUCUCGUUGAUUAUUGUAAUCAGCUAUUCUGGGAACUCCAUCGCCCAAAAACAGGCACCGGUACAAUUAUUGCAACUAGCAACUGGAAAUGAUUCAACAAUCACAUUAAAUGAAGAAGUUGUUAAAAAUUUAUUCCUUAAUUCUAAACUUAAGGAUCGAAAAGUCGUUGUGCUCUCAAUUGUUGGUGCUUUUAGGAAAGGAAAGUCAUUCUUGAUGAAUUAUUUGCUGAGGUAUCUUUAUGCUCAUUACCCAAGCCUCACUAGCACAGAGCUAAUCAAUGAAGGAGAUGACUGGAUGGGGGAGCCUGAAGAACCUCUCACAGGAUUCGACUGGAAAUCAGGAGUAGAAAGAGUCACAAAAGGAUUAAUCUUAUGGGGUGAUGUGUUCCUUCACGAUGGACCUAGAAAUGAGAAAUAUGCAAUUUAUAUUAUGGAUACUCAAGGAUUAUUCGACACUGAGACUACAACUGCUGAGAAUUCCAAGAUCUUUUCACUCAGUACCUUGAUCUCAUCUAUUCAAAUCCUGAAUAUUUUCAAUUUACUUCAUGAAGAUCAGCUUCAAUAUCUUCAAUUCGCAACUGAAUAUGCUCGAUUUGGGUCAAGUGCCAUGGAUUCUGACAAGACACCAUUCCAAGAUCUCUUGGUUUUAAUCCGUGAUUGGAAUGGUGUUGAUGAGUACAGAUAUGGACUUAGAGGAGGAAAUGCUUAUCUUAAUAGAUUCUUGGAAAUUAAAGAUCAUCAGUCUAAAGAGCUACAAUCAGUAAGAAGGUACAUCAAGUCAUCAUUUAAGAACAUUAAUUGCGUUUUAAUGCCAUACCCAGGCAAGACUGUUGCUGUAGACAAACGUUUCGAUGGACGAUGGAUAUCAAUUGAUGAUGAUUUUGUGACAAUAAUGACUGAACUAUUUAACCAUUUAUUCAAGGAAUUAAAGCCAAAGAUGAUUAAUGGAAAGGCAAUCAAAUCUGACGAGCUUUUAGUCUUCAUCAACAGUUAUGUCGAAAGUUUCAAGAAUGACAGCAUGCCUGAGGCGGUCUCAAUCUAUGAGUCAACAAUGGAUAAACAAUUCUCAAUUUUGAUGGCAAAAAGUGUUGAUCUUUAUGUUGAAGCUGUUAGUUCUUUUGAUGGAGAGGUUUCAACUGAACAAGACAUAAACAAGCUUCAUUUAGCUGCCAAGGAUAAAGCAUUGAAAUAUUUUAAUUCUGAGAAGAAAUUUGGCUCAAAUGCUGACGGAUUCAAUCAUAGAAAAGAACUGAUAGCGAAGAUUGAUGAAAAUUUUAAGCAAUGGAAGGCUGUGACACUGUCCCAACUUCGUAAAUUACAAGAACAGAAAACACACAGGAUUGAACAGGAACAGUUGCUCGAAGAAGCUCAAGAAAAAGACGAAGAAGCAAGAAAGCAAGCAAAAGAAGCAACAGCCAAACUUGAGGCAGCACAAAGAGCUUUAUCAUCAAUCAAAAGUGAUAAUCAGCAAGCCAGAAGAGAAGUCGAGCAGUUAAAAGCUAGAAUUGCAGAAGCUCAAAACCUUUACGAACAAGCUGCUCAAAAAGAAACUCAGUCCAAAGAAUGGCUUCAAAAACUUCAGAACGACAAGGAAUUCUAUGAACAGGAAUACAAUAAAUUAAGAGAACAAUCAGCACAAAAUAUUGGAAAGGAACUAAAUAUGUUUAAAAGUGAAGAUGGAUUGGCUGGUAUAAUUAAAGCAGGCAAGGCAUUUUACGAGCAAUUCAAAGGAGUAAUAGAUUAUGUAAAGAACUGGUUCAAAGGUGAUGAAUAAAAGUUUAUAAAAUGUAGAACUUUUGAAGAAAUGAAGGAAUUCUAAUAUUUUAUUGAGACUUUUGAGUAACAACUCCACAGCAAACUUACACAGUUUACAAUAAAACAUUUGUUCUAGCUUUUACAUUGUCAAAAGCUAAGAAACUUUAACCUUGAGCCCUAAAAUCAAUAAAUGAG